GGCCGCCGCCGCCGCCGCCCCCGCGCCCCCGUUUUUCCGGGGCUGCCCCGCGCCCGGGACAUGGAGCGGCACUGACGGACCCGCCGCCGCCCCCUCCUUCCUUCCUCCCUCCCCUGCCCGCCCUCCCUCCCGCAACUGCAGCCGCCCCCCCGCGCCCCCCUCAGCCCGCCCGCCACGGGGAGGUCGCCGCGCCCCGCGUUUCCUGUCCUGCCCAGCUCUCUGAGUAGUUAAUGCAGAAGAUAAAGAGGGUUCGUCUGGAAAACGAGACUGCAGGAAGUUGGAGAAGUUUUUUGCCCAGCUCUGAAGGGGAAACGAGGAUGACUGCGGUGGACACGCUGUCGGACAGCUCCGAAGUGGUCGAGAUGGAGGAUGUGCCUUCCCAAUUCCAGGUGCAAAAGCAUUCUUGGGAUGGGCUGCGUGACAUAAUCCACAGCAGCAGGAAGUACUCGGGCAUGAUAGUGAACAAAGCUCCCCACGAUUUCCAGUUUGUCCGGAAAACGGAGGAGUCCAGCCCGCACUCGCAUCGCCUCUAUUACCUGGGAAUGCCAUAUGGUAGCAGAGAGAAUUCCCUUCUUUACUCAGAGAUUCCCAAAAAGGUACGGAAGGAGGCCUUGCUGCUCCUGUCCUGGAAGCAGAUGCUGGACCACUUUCAGGCAACCCCCCACCACGGGAUGUAUUCCAGAGAGGAGGAACUCUUGAGGGAACGCAAGCGGCUCGGGGUCUUUGGGAUAACAUCUUAUGAUUUCCACAGUGAGAGUGGCCUGUUCCUCUUCCAGGCCAGCAACAGCCUCUUCCACUGUCGAGAUGGGGGCAAGAAUGGAUUCAUGGUGUCUCCAAUGAAGCCUCUGGAGAUCAAGACUCAGUGCACGGGGCCACGGAUGGAUCCCAAAAUCUGCCCUGCUGACCCAGCCUUCUUUUCAUUCAUCAACAACAACGAUCUGUGGGUGGCAAACAUCGAGACUGGCGAGGAGAAGAGGAUGACAUACUGCCAUAAAGGCUUAUCCAAUGUCCUUGAUGACCCCAAGUCUGCUGGUGUAGCCACUUUUGUCAUUCAGGAGGAGUUUGAUCGGUUCACGGGCUAUUGGUGGUGUCCCACAGCUUCCACAGAAGGUCCAGAGGACUUGAAAACACUGCGGAUCUUGUAUGAGGAAGUGGAUGAGUCAGAGGUGGAGAUAAUUCACGUUCCUUCACCUGCCUUGGAGGAGAGAAAAACAGACUCCUAUCGAUACCCCAGGACAGGCAGCAAAAACCCCAAGAUUACAUUAAAACUGGCAGAAUUUAAAACAGACAGCAAGGGAAAGAUCGUGUGUGCUCAGGACAAGGAGCUGGUGCAACCCUUUGCUGCGUUGUUUCCCACCGUGGAGUACAUCGCCCGCGCUGGAUGGACCCGGGAUGGCAAAUAUGCCUGGGCUAUGUUCCUAGACAGACCUCAGCAGCGGAUGCAGCUAAUCCUUUUGCCUCCAGCACUCUUUAUUCCAGUCCCAGAAAACGAGGAGCAGCGUGCUGAAUUUGCCAAAACUGUGCCAGAAAAUGUCCAGCCAUUUGUGAUCUAUGAAGAAACCACUGAUGUGUGGAUAAAUGUCCACGACAUCUUCUACCCCUUCAUCCAGCCAGAGGGGGAGGAGGAAGAGCUCUGCUUCAUCCGAGCCAACGAGUGCAAGACAGGUUUCUGUCACCUGUACAGGGUGACAGCCAUCCUGAAGCCAGGCAGCCACGACUGGGUGCAGCCAUAUGUCCACAGUGAGGACGAUUUCAAGUGUCCCAUCAAGGAGGAGGUUGCCCUGACUGGUGGGGAGUGGGAGGUGCUGGCAAGGCAUGGAUCCAAGAUCUGGGUCAACGAGGCCACAAAGCUGGUGUACUUCCAAGGCACGAAGGACACCCCUCUGGAGCACCACCUCUACGUGGUCAGCUACGAGUCCCCUGGGGAAAUCAUGAGACUCACCACUCCAGGCUUCUCCCACAGCUGUUCCAUGAGCCAGAACUUUGACAUGUUCAUCAGCCACUACAGCAGUGUGAGCACUCCACCCUGUGUGCACAUCUACAAGCUCAGCGGCCCCGACGACGACCCGCUCCACAAGCAGCCCAAAUUCUGGGCCAGCAUGAUGGAGGCAGCCAGUUGUCCCCCGGAUUACGUCCCUCCGGAGAUCUUUCACUUCCGCACUCAGUCGGAUGUUGAGCUCUAUGGAAUGGUCUACAAACCUCACGAUGUCCAGCCUGGGAAGAAGCAUCCCACGGUGCUCUUUGUGUAUGGAGGCCCCCAGGUGCAGCUGGUGAAUAAUUCCUUCAAAGGCAUCAAGUACCUGAGGCUGAACACGUUGGCAUCCCUGGGCUAUGCUGUGGUGGUGAUUGAUGGCAGGGGAUCGUGCCAGCGAGGACUCAAAUUCGAAGGGGCCCUAAAAAACCAAAUGGGUCAGGUGGAGAUAGAGGACCAGGUGGAAGGUUUACAUUAUGUAGCAGAAAAAUACGGGUUCAUCGACUUGAGCCGGGUCGCCAUCCACGGCUGGUCCUACGGGGGGUUUCUGUCCCUCAUGGGGCUCAUCUGUAAACCCAAUGUCUUCAAGAUUGCCAUAGCAGGUGCUCCUGUCACAGUGUGGAUGGCCUACGACACCGGCUACACCGAGCGGUACAUGGACAUCCCGGAGAACAACCAGCAGGGCUACGAGGCUGGCUCUGUGGCAUUACACGUGGAAAAGCUUCCCAACGAGCCAAACCGUUUGCUGAUCCUCCAUGGCUUUUUGGAUGAAAAUGUGCACUUUUUUCACACCAACUUCCUGGUAUCGCAGCUAAUCCGGGCUGGAAAACCUUACCAGCUGCAGAUCUACCCCAACGAGAGACACAGUAUUCGGUGCCCUGAGUCAGGAGAGCACUACGAAAUCACGCUGCUGCACUUUCUACAAGAAUACCUCUGAGAGCACGAGCCUCUGCAAACUGGACACUGACAGCUCACCCCCACUCCUGUGCCCUCCUGCCCCCGACAGCCGUCGAACCCAGAGCACAAGUGGCCGAGUGCCCACGGCGGGCUGGGUGUCCCCCCGCGCGAGGGGAAGGCUGGAGGGCACCUUCCCUUCCUGGACAGUGCCACCUUCUCUCACUUUCCAAGCUGGAGGUCUGCCCCUGCUCGGCUGCUCGUCCUCUUCCUCUCCUCCAGCCUGGCUGUUCAAUGCUUUUUUUGCUGCUACUCCCUCUCUCCUGGGAAUCAAUGGACAGUGGUCUGUCUCCCGAGGCUGAGGUUUGUGCCCAUCUCUCUCUCUCUCUCUCUCUCUCUCUCCCCGCCAAUCCUUCUCCCCCUUUUCCACUGCCCCUGAGCAGUUCCCACACUCUUACCUGCAAGAACUCAGUGCCUGUGUUGGAAACGGAAGAAGAGCCGAAUCAGAAGCUGCCUUAAGCCAGGUGUGGGAGGGAAGAGAGAACUACCUACUGCUAACCCCGGGGAUCGAGCUGUGACCUGGCCCUGCUGCCACCCUGGAGCCCUGGGAUGUGAAGAGAGCUCUACAGAAGCAUGCAACACUAGUCUUCUUUUUUUUUUUUAAUUUUUUUUUUUUUUUAGAUAUAUCUAUCUAUUUUCCAGUUUCAUUUUGCAGAGCAGAUGGAGGAAGUGGCUGGGGCCGGUGACAGCGUCCUCUGAUCCUUCCUCUCAUGGCCGCUCGCGCGCGGAGUUGUGCCAACAACAGGUAGCACUUGGCAGCUGGCUACAACCAGAGCCUCUCUCCAGAGCUCACAGCAGCAUCUGGGUUUUUUGCAACACAAGAUGGAUGAUAUUUAUGCAAAUCCUCCCUCCCUCCGUUCUCUGUGCCGCCUCCUGAUCCCACCUCCUCCUCCCGCCCCCCUCCUCCCCGAGCUUUCAGACGUGCACUGAAAUUGGCUGUGCUUCAGUUCUCUGCGGGUCAGUGACUGGUCCCCCUUGCCCACCUACUCAGAAAAAAAAAAAACAAACGCUCUCUCCUGGUUUUUAAUUUACCUGGGCAACAGGAACUGCAGUUCUGGGGAGGGGGGAUUGAGCAAUCACACCUCAGGGGAGCACAUCCCCCCCUUCAAGCCAAGGGGUUCUGCCAGGGGGCAAAACGCAAACAAGAAACAAAACCCACCCAAAUGAACCACGUUGACUUUGCCCUGGAGUAUUUUAAGUGCGUAUUAUGAAAAGAAAAUAUUUUUAUGGAUUCUUAUUCUUUUAUAAUUAUGAGUGUUAAGAUGUAGCGACUCAUUAAAAUAUUGGAAAGAGA